GCCAAACGGUUUUUGCAGCGCAGCAUGAAUUCAAGCACACCUAAAAGACAAGGCGCAGCAUCCCUCCAUCCUCCAUAGUAUUUCUCCCCAUCCGACGCGAACAACAACGACUGACAAAGAAAGGAAACGAAUUCGUUUUUGUGGCUUGUUGUCAGGCCGAAUAACAUACAACAGAAUGACUAAAGAGGAAACGUCAGAGGUGGAAGAGGCCCAGCCAGCCUCCGAUUUCGUCAGCCCCGUUCAUGAACCCCGCAAGAAACCCAUUGUGCAUCAGUCCGCACAGGCUCCACUCCCCAAAGACUAUGCGUUUACCUUCUUUGAUCCAAAUGAUCCAGCCUGUAUGGAGAUUUUGACAGACCCUCGGACCACAAUCCCUGAGCUGUUUGCCAUUAUCCGCCAGUGGGUCCCACAAGUUCAGCACAAGAUUGACAUUAUAGGCAAUGAGAUUUUGAAGCGAGGUUGCCAUGUCAACGAUCGUGAUGGCCUGACAGACAUGACUCUUCUUCACUACUGCUGCAAAGCAGGUGCUCAUGGAGUGGGUGAUCCUGAGGCAGCUCUCCGGCUGUCCAAUCAGCUGAUAGCUCUGGGUGCUGACGUGAGUCUGCGCAGUCGUUGGACCAACAUGAACGCGCUCCAUUACGCAGCUUACUUUGAUGUGCCAGAAUUGAUUCGUGUUUUACUUAAAGCUGCCAAACCCAAAGUGCUCAACUCCACCUGCAGUGACUUUUAUCAUGGAACAGCGCUGCAUAUCGCCGCCUCCAACCUCUGCCUGGGUGCUGUGAAAUGUCUGCUGGAGCAUGGAGCCAACCCCAGUGUCAGAAAUGAUAAAGGUCAAGACCCCGCUGAGGUCGUUCCCGACCCCAUGGACAUGAGUCUGGAUAAAGCUGAAGCUGCCAUGGUGGCUAAAGAAAUGAAGCAGGUGUUGCUGGAUGCCGUGCCACUCAGUUGCAAUCUGCCUCGGGCCACCCUGCCCAACUAUGACAACAUCCCCGGCAACCUCAUGCUCUCAUCGAUUGGACUGAAGCUCGGGGAUCGCGUAGUGCUGGAUGACACAAAGGCUGGCACCCUCCGUUUCUGCGGCACCACUGAGUUUGCCAGCGGUCAGUGGGUUGGUGUAGAGCUGGAUGAGCCGGAAGGCAAGAAUGAUGGAUGUGUGGGUGGGAUCCGCUAUUUUAUUUGCCCCCCAAAACACGGUAUCUUCGCCCCUGUGUCAAAAAUCAGCAAAGCUCUUGAACAGCCCCCCUCUUCUGUCACAUCCACCCCCAAAUCCCCUCGCAUGGAUUUGUUCCGUGUGACUGGCAAGAUUAAGAAAGAGAAAAAAGAGAAAGAUCGGGAAAAGGCACCAAGAAAGAAGUCUCUCACUGGCAUGAGUCUGGAUCCUGAUGGCGUAAAGGUGGAGGUUGGGGAUCAGGUGUUGGUGGCAGGCCAAAAGCAGGGGAUUGUUCGGUUUUUUGGAAAGACAGACUUCGCUCCUGGGUUUUGGUUUGGUGUGGAGUUGGAACAGCCCACUGGGAAACAUGAUGGCAGUGUGUUUGGAGUGCGUUACUUCCACUGUUUGCCCAAAUAUGGGGUUUUUGCCCCACCAUCCAGAGUUCAGAGAAUUGGAGGGCCCAAAGACCCGGGGGAUGGCACACUAGUAAAGAAAGUCCACCAAGUGACUAUGUCCCAGCCCAAGCGUAACUUUAAUGCCAUGCGGUCUCCAAAAGACAUAACAUCUGAGAAUUCCAUAUCCAGCAGGUUGCUGUUUUGUUGCUGGUUCCCCUGGAUGCUGCGGGCAGAGAUGCAGUCGUAAAUCCACUGGUUUUGUCUUUAGUUUUCAUCUCCCUGUUUUUCAGUUCCAAGAUAAAGUCUUCCCCUCUGUG